CUUCUACCCUUUUGCUCUCUUAUCUAAUCUCUCUUCCUGAUCACAGCCAUGGCAGCUCCAUCUUCACUCUUCACUUUGUCAAGUACAGUUUGAGGUGAAUUUGCAGGCCUAGCUUGCUGAAACACUAGAUGUACACAUUGGACAUAAAGAUCUUGAGGUGAAAUUGGGGGGUUUUAUUUGAAAGGAAAAAUGGAUGGUAGCGGUAGUGAAGCCAUCAACGUUUAUGAGCAUUGUACAGUUGUUGAUAGAAAAAAGGGUAGAGUGGCGUGCAACUACUGCGGUAAGGUGGUGAGUGGUUCAUACCGUUUGAAGUGCCAUGUAGGAGGAAUCCGGGGAGAUGUAGUGCCAUGUCCAAGUGCUCCAGCUGAUGUGAGGGAGCUGAUGAGAAACCGGUUGAUGGAGAGAAAAGGAGAAACAUUUGGCAUGGAACAUAUGGAGCUGCAUUUCCCUGAUCUUCCCCGGAGGACGAAUAGCAGUCCUAGCUCGAAUGGCAUUAAGCAUAAUAAGCCUCAAACUUCUCAGACUUCUGGCUCUCAGAAUGGAAGCCAAGAAAAAGAAGAGAUGGAAUUUUCGUUGGAAGAUGGUGAAACAGGAAAUGUCUUUGUUUCCAAUGGAAGUAGAGGCUCAAAACGAGGUGGCAAUGAGGAAACAAUAGAUGAUACAGCAUCAAGGAAAGCCAAGAAGUGCAUCGGGAGAUUCUUAUAUGAAACAGGAUUAGAAUUUGCUGCUGCAAAUUCACCUAGCUUCAAAAACAUGAUACAUUCUACCCUUGGUCCUGGUCUGGGGGAGUUCAAGAUCCCCAGCUAUGAAGAGCUCAGAGGUUGGAUACUUGAGGAUGAAGUAAAGGAGGUUACAGAAUAUGUGACAAAGAUAAGAAAAUCAUGGGCUACCACUGGGUGCAGCAUCUUGUUGGACAGUUGGAUUGAUGAAAAGGGACGAAAGCUUGUUAACUUUUUGGUGAAUUGCCCUGAAGGCGCAAUUUAUCUUUGCACCCAUGAUAUUUCAUCCUUCGAUAUUGAUGCCAUAUAUUCACUUUUGGCGGAAAUUAUGAAGGAUGUGGGGGUAGAAAAUGUGGUCCAGGUAGUGGCAGAUUCUACGACAGGCUGGGCUGGUAUUGGGGAGGAGGACUUCAACAAUAGGUUCAAAGGUGUAUUUUGGGGAGUGAGUGCAUCUCACUGCAUUGAGCUGAUAUUAGAGAAGAUUGGGAUGAUGGGCUCUGUUAAAAGGAUAUUAGAUAAGGCCAAGGUUAUUACAAAGUUCAUUCAUGGACAUGCAACAGUUUUGAAGCUUUUGAAGAAACAUACACUUGGUAGGGACCUAAUUCAGCCCUCCAAGAUAAGGUCAGCAAUGCCGGUUAUGACUUUAAAUAAUAUUUUAUCAGAAAAGCAGAAUCUGAAAGACAUGUUCUCCUCGUCUGAGUGGAACAUGUCACCCUGGGCCUCAAGAGCAGAGGGCAAGAGGGUUGCAGAUUUGGUGGAGGAUCACUCUUUCUGGACUGGAGCUUGGAUGGUCUUGAAAGCAGCUAUGCCACUCAUCCGCAUUCUUGAUCUGAUCUUUAAGGCUGACAAGCCACUUGUGGGGUACAUAUAUGAAACCAUGGAUCAAGUGAAGGAGACCAUUCAAGAAGAAUUUAAAAACGAAAAAUCCAAAUACAUGCCUUUCUGGGUAGUUAUUGAUGAGAUUUGGGACAAUCAUCUCCACAGUCCUCUCCAUGGGGCUGCUUAUUAUCUUAAUCCAAGUCUCUUCUAUACAAGGGAUUUCAAUGGUGAUCCUGAGGUUGCAUUUGCCCUUCUGUACUCUCUUGUACAAAUGGUGCAGCAUUAUCAAACUCAAGUCUUAAUAUCACGUCAAUUCAGUAAGUAUAGACUUGCUAAAGGGAGUUUUCAAGAGGGAAGAGACAGAAAUCGAGGAAGAAACAUUCCUCCAGCUAUAUGGUGGUCUUGUUAUGGACAUCAAUUUCCUGAACUGCAGCGGUUUGCCAUUCGAAUUCUGAGCCAAAACUGUGAUGGCGCUUCAAAAUAUGGGCUCAAAAGGACUCUGGCUGAGAAGCUGGUUACAAAUGGAAGGAAUCCUAUCGAGCAACAACGGCUGAAAGAUCUUGCAUUUGUUCACUAUAAUUUGCACCUGCAGCAGUUUUGCUCAGGCAUGAAGACUGGCAUUGUGGCUGAGGAAAUUGAUCCAAUGGAUGAUUGGAUCAUUGAUGAAGCACCAGAUAUUGAGCCUCAAACUUCAGUUUCAUGGAUGAACUUGGACUAUACUCGAGGAGCUAUCAAUGAGGAAGGACUUCCCAGAGCAAAGACAGAGUCCAUGUAAGAUUCUGAAAAAGAUGAGUAAAUUUUGGACAGGAUCAAAACCAGAACAUCUUUUGUUUUUU